AUGUCCGGUAUCACGAGGGGACAUUCUUGCAUGUUAUGUCAGAGACGAAAGGUCCGCUGUGACAAGCAGAAGCCCUGUGGAAAUUGUGUUAAAGCAAAUGCUGAAUGCAUUGCUAUUCCUAUGCGGCCUCGUGGGAAACGAAAUACCCCAAAGUCUCCGGGUAAAGACUUGGCUGAAAGAGUCAAAAAGUAUGAAGAGCUUAUGACUCAACAUGGAAUUGAUUUUCAAUUCCUUGUUGAUCAGGAUACUCCUGUUAUACCUAGUCUGCCCCGCAGCAAGGAGAUAUCCCCAAAUCCCGUCCCCCGGAAUGAACUCUUCAACUUUGAAUCUCUUCCUAUUGCUCUAACAUGCUUACAUACCACCAGAGACUCCAAGUGGUUCGCCUACUAUAAUGAGUAUCGAGCUACCGAUGAAAUGCUCCAUGACUCUUCUGACGAAGAAAAUGAGUGUCCAACUGUCCACAAUGCCUUUGAUACCAUGUUCAGUGACAACAGCAGCUUUCCGUUCUUCGCGGGUAGUUCAAAGACUGGACCUACUUCGCAUCCAUCUUCUACUCAGGUCUUUCAAUUAUGGCAAGGCUAUAUAACCAACGUGAAUCCUCUGCUCAAGAUCAGCCAUGUUCCUACGCUUCAGCCUCAGAUAAUUGAAGCUUGUACCAACCCUGCCAGCAUUCCGAAGCCUAUGAGUGCUCUGAUGUUUGGAAUAUACCUCACGGCCAUUAGUUCUAUGGAUGACAAAGACAUCAAAAACAUUCUUGGGGUCGACAAGUCUACUGCUUUUGCUCGAUAUCGCGGAGGUAUGGAGCAAGCUCUCAUAGAAGCUGAGUUUAUGAAAACGUCGGAUCUGAUGGUUCUUCAAGCCUACUUCUUAUAUCUAAUAAAUUUGAGGCUUUGCAUUGAUCCCCGAUCUCUCUUCUGUCUCAUUGGCAUCGCUGUGCGCAUGGCAACCCGCAUCGGCCUGCAUCGAGACGGUGCCCAAUUCGGCCUAUCUCCUUUCAACACCGAACAAAGAAGACGACUUUGGUGGCAAGUAGUCGUUCUAGACAAGCGAAUAGCUGAGAUCACCGGAUCCCCAAUAAACGCGUUAUCUUCCUCGGGGGCAGAUUGCCAGUAUCCCCUCAACGUGAACGAUACAGACCUCCACCCUCAAUCUAAAGAGCCACCAGUGCAAUCUCCCGGUCUUACCGAGAUGACAUUCGCACUCACGCGGAUCGAAAUCACGGUUGCUUCAGCACCCGAUGGAAUCCGACCAAACCCAAAAGUCCCAAAGACCGCACCCUUAAGCAAUGACUCGUCCACCACAGACUCUACCAUCCAAAAUUCGAACCCAAACACCCCCGAAAGCCUCAACCGCUACUUUGAACACAUGGAAACAAUUUAUCUGAAGCAAUGUGAUACCAAAGUCCCCAUACAACUCUUCACCCUCCUAAUGACCCGCGUAUCCAUGCACAAACUCCGAGUCCUAGACUUCGUCUGCAGAGGCGCCUCCUCUCCAGAUCCAGGGCAAGAACGACAAGACGCGGCUUUUCUGGCUGCGAUCCAAAUGCUAGAAUCAGAUAAUACCGUUCAUUCCACGGAAAGUCUGCGCGGACUGGUUUGGUACAGCCAAAUGCAUAUUCCCUUACCGGGAUACAUCUUCCUUGCGAACGAGCUCCGUCACCGCAUCACAGGCGAUCUUUGUGAACGAGCUUGGGACGCUAUCUGCCAAAGUCAUUAUCAUCAAGAUUUAAGUCGUAAUCUUCGGAGUCCGUUGCAUGUUGCUCUUGCGCACUCGCUUUUGAAGGCUUGGGGGGCGAGGGAGAGGGUUGAGUUGGAGGGUGGAAGGGUUUUGCAGGCUCCUGCUCUUGUCGCUUCUCUUCGAGAGGCCCUUCCUGGUUAUCUGGUCAGACAGAGAACUGGGAAGAGUGUAACGGGGGCUGCUAUGGAGACUGAAGAUGGUUCCAACCCAAAUUCUCGGGAUGACACCGGGAAUGUCAUGUCUGGCGAAAAUAUGCUGCUGGGCUCCAUGGCUGGGACUGGCGAUUUGCCUGGGUCAUUUGCCUUCGAUUAUGACCAGAUUUUCUGGACGAAUAUGAUGCAGGCUGGUGCUUUUGGUGAACUUUGGGAUGAUUCCGAGUAUAUUAUGCAGCAAGAGCAAUCUUAA